CUGUCGAUCGGGGCUGCUCUUGACUUCUCACAGGAGAGCGUAGACGAACAUGUUAGCUCCUCUUCAUUUUCCAAGUUUUUUGCCUUGUAAGCACUGCUUGACUAGUGCUGCAGUGCUGGACCGAUUGAUUCAUUUUACGCGUAUGAGCAGGCUAUGAAUAGUAGACACGGACUUUCGACCAACACGCCGACGACGAGAAUGUAUGAUCCAUUCCAUCGUAGUUCGUUCUUUGUUCCUUUGUCUCAAGCUAAGGUCGUGCGCUGUCUAUGCUUCUCGCGUAACGUACACGCCGUUCGGAGAGAGCAGACGUUCUCUUCUCUUUUUUUAUUCCGCAAAAUUUCACACCAGCCAUGUUGUCGGGACCUGUUUUUCCCGCAUAAAAAUUCACAGGUCCCGACCGCCAGUCGAAUCUUCACCUUCCUCAUGGAGAUGGAGACUGACACGUCUCCACCUUGCAAGUUAGCCUCGCAAACUAUUGCCGUGUUGCUGGCGCAUCGAGUUGCCAAGCUGAGUCAUCGAAGGGUUUCGAACCACGUAUAAAACCGCGGUCGGAGGGGAACGAAGAAACACACGGUUCGGACGUCGUCUACAGAUGCCCGGACGCAGUUUUUGGACCUGAAAAGCCAUGGACAUCCCAUUCUCAUGCUCGCUCCGCGGCGGCAACGUGCUGCCGCCCGCCAGCGCCCUGGAAAAGGCUCGCGCGGAGCUGAUCAAACAGCUCUCGGAUGGCGGGCUCGGCGAGCAGGCAACGGAGGAUCUCGUGCGAGACAGCGUCUGCCCCGGCUUGAGCGGGAGCAGCCAGACGCCAAAUUACUACGGCUUUGUGACCGGUGGCGCGACGCCUGUGGCCAAGUUCGCGGACAACGUUGUGACGGCGUACGACCAGAACGUGCAAGUGCACCUGCCCCACGAGUCGAUCGCCACGGAUGUGGAGGACGCCGCGACGGGGCUCCUGUGUCAGCUGCUGCGGCUAGAGCCCGACGAAUUCAACCAUCGGAUCCUCACGACGGGGGCCACCGCGAGCAACAUACUCGGCCUCGCGUGCGGGCGCCAGUGGGUGCUGCAGGAGGCGGCGCGGCGCGGCGGCCUGAUCGAGCGCGACGUCGCGAGCCUGUGCGACGUGGGCAAAGCGGGCGUGGCGAAGGCGAUGCGCUUCGCCAACGUGGACGAGGUGCAGAUCCUGACCACGGUGCCUCACUCGUCGCUGUCCAAGGCCGCGAGCGUCGUCGGGCUCGGUCGCGACGCCGUCAAGCUGCUCGGCCGCGCGGACGCGCCGCACAGAUUCGACAUCGAGGCGCUGCAGCGCGAGCUCUCCGGCUCCCGGGCUGCCUCGAUCGUGGCCGUGUCCUGCUCGGAAGUCAACACCGGUCUCUUCGCGACCACGGGCGAAGAGAUGAAGACGAUCCGAGAGCUGUGCGACAAGUACGGCGCAUGGAUACAUGUGGACGGAGCAUUCGGCAUCAUGGCUCGAUGCCUCGACCCUAGCGACGAGUAUAGCACCAUCCUCGAGGGGUGCGCCAACAUGGAGCUGGCCGAUUCCAUCACGGGCGACGGCCACAAGCUCCUCAACGUUCCCUACGACUGCGGCUUCUUCUUCUCCAAGCACCCGACCGUCGCGUUUGCGGUGUUCCAGAACGCGGGAGCCGCGUACCUGUCCACGGGCCCGUCAGAAGGACAGACCAUCCUCUCGCCUUUGAACCACGGACUGGAAAACUCAAGGCGAUUUCGCGCGCUGCCCGUAUACGCCAACUUGGUCGCGUACGGGCGCGCCGGGUAUCAGGACAUGCUCAGGAGGCAGAUCGCUCUCAGCCGGAGAAUAGCCGCCUUUGUACGGGAACACGACGGCUUUGAGCUUCUUCCGGCCGGCCUCAAGGAAGGCGAAACCUUCAUGAUCGUGCUGUUUCGCGCCGUGGACGCGAAGCUGAAUGUCGAGCUGGUGAAAAGGAUCAACGCCACGUCCAAGGUUUACGUGUCCGGCACAAGCUGGGACGGCGCGCCAGCCUGCAGGUUUGCCGUGAGCAACUGGCAGGUCGACGUGGAGAGGGACAUGGGCAUCAUAGCGGGAGUCCUCGACCAGGUGUGGCAGCAGAGAGCUGGAUGAGCAACAAGCGUACCAACGCAGGCAUUUCCAAUUGCUCGAGUAGUAGAUCCUUCACAAAUGCGCUCUCUGGCCGCCUCGCGUCUCACUGGACGCAGCUUAUGUACAGAUACAUACAAAUACAUGUUCAUCC